AUGAGUGGUUUUCUGAGUCAACCAGGAGAUAUAAUUAUUGGAGGAACCUUUCUCAUUCACGUGAACAGGAAUUAUAUCCAACCCCUAUUCACCACCAAUCCCUCCGACCUGCAGUGUCACACAUUCGGAAGUGAGUAUUACCAAGGUAUGCAUGCCCUGAUGUUCGCUUUGCAGGAGAUCAACAAAAACCCUGAUCUUCUCCCCAAUAUAACUUUGGGUUGGCAGAUAUUUGACACCUGCACGGCCAUGAGACGCACAACACAAGGAAUGUUCUGGAUGUUAUCAGGGAGACAGGAGCUCACCCCAAAUUAUCACUGCAACAGAGAGUCGCAUCUAGCUGGUAUUAUUGGAGAUUCCGCCUCCACCCGGGCUAUUUUGAUGGCUCAGAUCUUAGGACUUCAGCAUUACCCACAAAUAAGUUAUUAUGCAACCAGUCCUCUUCUCAGCAACCGAGCCUUGUUUCCUUCCUUUUUCCGUACCAUACCUAGUGAUGAGUUUCAAAUGAAAGGAUUGGCCCAGCUUGUCUCUAAGUUUGGUUGGUCAUGGGUUGGUCUUUUGGCAACUGACAAUGACUAUGGGCAAUAUGCGAUGCAGGUGGUAAAGCAAGAAGUGCUCAAAGCUGGGGCUUGUAUUGCAUUUUUUGUAGAUAUAAUGACCAGCAAGCCUGACAGGAAUGCUCCCCAGAUUGCUCGGAAACUCAGAGAGACAACAGCUAAGGUUAUAGUCGUGAUGGCCUCUGAUGGUGAUUUUUUGAUUGUGCUGGAAGAAGUUUUGAGGCAGAAUGUGACUGGCAAAGUCUGGGUAGGCAGUGAAGCCUGGGCAAGUUCCACUUUACUCUCGGCCAAAAGAUUUCAGCAUGUUUUAGUGGGCUCAGUUGGCUUUAGCAUCCACGCUGAUCAGAUAUCUGGGUUUGCAGAGUAUUUUGAAAGCCUCAAUCCAUCUUUAGAUCUUCAUGAUCCAUUCAUAAAGGAAUUUUGGGAACAAGCUUUCUCUUUUUAUGCAUUUGCUUGGGCCCUGCAUAAUCUAUAUGACUGUCAGCUUGGAAAAGGACCAUUUCAGCAUGGGAGCUGUGCCAACAUCUCCUUUUUCCAACCUUGGCAACUUUUCUACUAUGUUAAACAUGUCAAUUUUAAAACCAAAGAUGGGAACCAUAUAUUUUUUGAUGCUAAAGGGAACCCCCCACCAAUUUAUGAUAUUAUAAACUGGCGGGUGAAUGCUAAGGGCUCUACAGAGCAGAUUAUUGUGGGGAGUUAUUAUUCAAGUGCACCAGAUGAGAAGAACUUUCCUGUGAACACUUCUACAAUAUUAUGGAACACUGGUGGAACUCAGGUAUGA